UCCCGACAUGCUCUCGGCCAGUGUUUGGGGGGCGGAGACGCCUUUCCAGUUUCAACGACAGCGGGACCGAAGAGCAGCGUUGCAGAAGAGGUCCUUGAUAUUUUAAGACAUAAUAUGGAGAAUGAGAACUCUAAGAUCCCGCAGUACAUUUUUUCACGCAGCAAAACAAAUUGUAUUCUCAAAGACACGCAGAUGAAACCUUUGAAAGAAGCUGAUUUAAAUUUUGCUGCAAGCGUUCCUGUUCCUUUUGCCUCCAAAGACACAAACCAAAGGCUCCCAAAGUCAUCUAAAAAUGUACCACAACCACCUAAAAAAACUGCGACAACUGUGCACAGCCCCACAAACCGAUACAGAAGAGAGGCAGAUCUCAGGAACAAGAACAAGCUGCUGGAGUCUGUUAAAUAUGAACUGAAUACAAAAUUGUCAGCAGUCCAGAAGGAGAUAAAAGAGAUGAAAGAACAAUAUAGUAGUCUGGAGAAAGAAAACCAGGCGUUGAAAAGAUUUCAGGAAAGCUGCAUGUUGAUCUUGGAAACAAGGAAUUGUGACUCGGUUGCAGAAGAAAACAUCUUGGAAAAAGAAGAGAAGUAUAAGGAGACACAGAAGGAGAUAAUGGACUUAUCCGAGAAACUCAAUCGUGAUCUUGAACUAUUUAUCCAAAUGACUAAUGAGCAGAAAGAGAUAUUUCGGAAUACACAAAUGAAGUGGAAGCAAAUAGAGGAAGAGGAGGCCCACUUCUUAGAGCAGCAGCAACAUUUCAAUAAAGAAAUGGAAGAUCUCUUUGCCAGCUUGGAUAAGGAUGACCAGUUCUUGAAUUAAUCAUACAAAGGGCUGCAACAUGGACUCCUGCGUUGCUCUGCUUUAGCAUUUUUGUCAAAGCACUUUCAAUGAUCAAUUACUUUGUUUUUGUAUUGUUGAAGGCUUUCAUGGCCGGAAUCACUGAGUUGUUGUAACAACCCAGACUUUGUCUUUUUCAAGAUAACAUUUGAUUAAACUGUUUAAUGGGUUCAAAGCCAAGGAUCAAGGGUCUCUUUUGAUUCAACUUCUGAGUCUCUAUGUCAUUUUAUUUUACUGUCUAUCUCUCUUUGUCAUGUGAUUAAUAGUAUUUGUUUCUAAAUCCUUCUCAUCCAAGGAGCUGCUGACUUGGAAUAUUUAGUUUAAAGUAGACAGAGUUUAAAACAAUGCACUGCCUUUCAAUGUUUCAAGCCUUUCCAAUUAAAAAUAUAUUUGCUUCCUAAAAAGUUAUUAUAUUUAUUUGUAUUCCACUUUCCUCUCAAAAUUAGGACUCAAGGUGUCUUACAGUCUCAAAGAGCAAUACUGCUGAAAAAAUACAAAGAAGUACAUUUAAAUGGAAUUAUACUAGUAACCAAUGCCAUAUUUUAUUGAUUGUAAGAUGCCAUUGAGUCUAAGGUGCAGCCUAAUUUAGGAGUUUCAAUUUUGGAGGAAAGUUUUCUGAAUUUCUAAGGAUGAAUUUUAAGAAUCCAAUAACACGUUGAAAUAUUGGAAAAGCUAUUUUGCUGGAGUAACAAUAGAUUUCAAUGUAAUAAUAAAAGUGAAUACAGAGAAA